AAGAAGAAUGUCACUUUUCAUUGGCUAGUUGGCACGCGUUUACUUCCUGCCCAACAGAGCAGCGUGUGUUUUACGCCUUGUUUCGUACUGUUGGGUGAGCAGCAGCAGUAAAGUAAAAACUUUUUAACUUAAGCUAGAUCAGUCUGAUAGCUUAGCGAACUAGCUAACUUUGCCACGCAGAAUAACGUGGUUUAGUUUAAAUGUCUGGGUAGUUUGUGUGCAGCCGGUACAUCCAAGGACUUGUGUGAAUGAAACAAGCUCUGUUUGAAACAUGAGCCUCGCUGGAAAGAAUGCAGAAGAGUCUGGAUGGUGCAAGAAAAACCUCCAGAAACUUCUCGCUGCAAUGAAAGCCAACAUCCUGGAUGACAAGAAAGAGCUCAGUUAUACCCAUGGAGAGAGAACUCUAGACUGGGAGAAAGUGGCCUUCCCUCCUUUUUCUCCGGAGGAAUGCAAACAAAAGUGGAAAGAGGUUAUUCAGAAGAUGCGGAAGGUUCGCAACCUCACAGAGCUCAUUGUGGAAGCUGAAAGUGUCCUUUCUGAUCCCCUCAAUAACGCAAAGCUCCAUCCAGAGUACCCGAAGAGACCCAUGCCCGUAAAUACCUGGUAUUACAAGGAAGUCUUUUCCAAGAUUAAGAAGAAGAAUCCAGGGAUGAGCUGUGCAGGUUUGAUGAAAAUCGCAAGCAAAGAAUUCAGUCUGCUCCCCGACAAAAAGAAGGCAUUUUAUCUGGAGAAAUACAGGAAUGCAUAUAAAGAAUUCACGAAUAAGAGGGUGGAGUUGAGGGAAAAAUAUGGCAAAUCCCUUCAGAAGAGCAAAAGGAAGAAGGUGGUCCCUGAAAGCACCAGUGAGUCAGAGGAGGACUUUGAGGGUCUGCCUGUCAAGCCACCUAUAAGUGGCUACAAUUUAUUCUGCAAAGAGCUGAUUGGUAGUAUGAGUGUCCCAACAAGAGCCUACAUAAAAGAGUGGUCCCAGAGGUGGCGAAAUUUAAGUGAAAAGGAGAGAAAAGCCUACAACACACGCUCCAAAGAGCUGAAGAUGCGGUAUGAAAGUGAGAUGCAUACGUAUCUAAUGAGUUUAGAUGAGGAGAAGCGGAACAAGGUCCUCCGCAAAACAAAGAUCAGUUUUCCUACAAAGCGUAAGAUUUUCAAAAGGAAAACCAAGGAGAAAAUACCCGGCGAGCCCAAGAUGCCAUCCAUGUCUGUCAACGUGGCUUUCUGCCAGGAUCAGAUGAAAAUUCUAAAAGAAAAAAUCCCAAAUGCAAAAGACCGCUUUGCUGCGGCCAACAAAAAAUGGCAUGAACUCUCCAUAAAGGACAAGUCCCGGUACCAAUUAAAAGUAAAUGAAAAGCUGAGGAAAUACUCCAUCGAGCUGCAGGAGUGGUUUAAGACACUGACUCCAGAUGAGCAGAAUGAGUAUCAAAAACAGAACCCUCGUAAAUUAAAAUAUCUUGAGGACACCUUACCGAAAUAUUCUGACAAGGACGAACUAUUUUUGAAGCAGCCAUCAGACUCAGAAGACGAAAUCAUCGAGAGCAGCAGUGAUGAUGAAGACGACAACAUACUGGACUUUGAUGAGGAUGAUGACGAGGAGGAGGAAGAAGAUGAUAUAAUGUUUGACAUGUAUUAAUUGGUGAUGAGAUGGACAGCUGAAAAACCAAAUGCAGAAAAUUCAGAUGCUGUUCUGAAUUUGAAGAGAGGGAAAAGCCCUCGAGUGGGUGACAAAAACCUCACAACCUCACAUUCUUCACCGUCUAAGGGUUUGUUCUGACUUCCACACUGAAGCAAGAUGGUUUAUAUUUACAUGGACGCUGCAGCGAUGCUUGGAAUUUUAAUCUGUCUGUUGUGUUGUGAAUCAUUUUUUGCAAGUUAAUGCAUUCAAAUGAUGAAACACACAAAACACACUGGGGUGUUUUCAGAUUCCUUACAGAAGGAAGUUUUGCCAGUUUGCAGCCUUCUUGGCAAUGCCUCCUGGCACUUACGUGUCCAAUUAUUUAACUUUACUCUCAGUGAACACUGGGGAGUAAAAACGCCGUGCAUAUCGUCGAUCCAUAAAUUUCAUUUGGGAAUGUUGCCUGUCUGUGAUGGGGCUAAUACAGAUGUAUUCACGCCGACUGCCAGUUUAAAAUCACUAGUUCGCCUACCAUGUGUGUCUUUGGACUGUGGGAGAAAUCUGGAGGUGAUUCUUGCUGACCACGGAGGAGUCGAGCCUAAACAUUCAUGUUGUGAUGUACUGUGCCAACCACUGGGCCACUGAGCUGCCUUGUGUCUCUAAAUGUAUAGUCUGAUUAAAAACAGCUUAAAUCGUU